CAUCAUUCUAUGGACUUCUUAAAAAAUAUAGGCAGAUAUUGGACCAGGAUUUGAGUGUUGGAGUGUCCCAAAUCCUUAUUGAAAGGCAUAAGUUGAGAGGUCUAACUGUACUGCAGUCUAGCUCAUGCUACCGCUUUAAAUGCACUGUCUCUUUCAGGUAUGCCAAGCUUUCAGCAAAAUACCCAGAAUCAAAUACUGCUGGAAUGGACAUCUUUGCUAAAUUUUCAGCAUUUAUCAAGAAUUCCAGACCUGAAGCAAAUGAAGCCUUGGAGAGGGGCCUUUUGAAAACUCUGCAGAAGCUGGAUGAGUACUUGAAUGCUCCCCUCCCAGAUGAGAUUGAUGAAAACAGCAUGGAAGAUAUCGCUGCCUCUACGCGCAAAUUCCUGGAUGGUGAUGAGAUGACGCUAGCAGACUGCAACUUGUUGCCCAAGCUACAUAUUGUCAAAAUUGUGGCCAAAAAGUAUCGUAACUUUGAUAUUCCCAAGACUAUGACGGGCAUCUGGAGAUACCUGAAGAAUGCCUAUAGCCGUGAUGAAUUCACCAACACUUGUCCUGGGGACAAAGAGAUUGAAAUAGCCUACAGUGAUGUAGCUAAAAGACUCACUAAAUAAGCAGCGUUUCACGUGUAUAAGGAAAAGCUUUUUUUAACAGACUGCUCUUUUUUUGUCUUUUAAGGUAACAAUUUACUUUGCAUGUAUCUUGCAGUUAAUUCAAUGCUACACUGGGCAGACCAGGUACUGUCAUUUGUUUUUCUCCCUUUUUUAAAAAAAUGCAAAUUUAUAUUACACUGCUUACUUGUUUUGUCUCCUGUAAAAGGGCAACUGCAGCCAUUAAUAUGGCAGUGACGCAAUUCUGGAAUCUGGCACCCCAAAAGUUGAGCGGUUCAGGGCUUUCUAUCAUGAUGUGCAGGUUCUAGACCCAGAUUAGUCUCAGAGCCAGUUCAUAUUGGCAGAAGAACCCAGUAAUCAAGCUUUGUCUGGACUGGACCACCAGAGGUGGGGUGGGGGGUGGGGGCAAGAGAAUACAUAGUCGAAUACCAUUUCCAUGUUACACCCACACACAUCUACACGCUGUCUUAAUGAGGAAGCUGGUCCCAUCUACCAUUUUCCAAAGUAGCAUUUUUAUAUGCAGGGACUUACAAGAUAUCCUCCCCACUCUUUUAGCUAUGGUGAUUCAGUCUAGAGAAAGCUUGAUGUCUUGAUAGUAUUACCUUUAUAAACUGCCCUUUGGGUCUCAGAUUGAACCUGAGCUUCUCAAAUUAAGGGAUGAGCUUCUUGGUGGUGGUUCAGCUACAAUUUUUUGCAUUUGGGAGGGAAGCUUAAGUUUUCUAAAAAGCUGUACCUGUCAGUCUGUCUGUACCGGAAGCUCUGCCAGCCUCAACAAAGAGAGUUACUUGCAGAACCCUUCGGCAUGUUUUUGGAACUACAUUUGCCCAUUAGCUGAAUGACACUUUGGAACAAACUCAAGCACCAAGACUGUUGCUUACUCAAAUUUUGCUCUGGUGGGGAGGGGGAAGGUGAAUGGGAAAUGGAUGUUCACUGUGUAUAUUCUCGCACAGGUCUAAUGUUUUAUUUUGACCCUCUGGAUCAGUGUUUCUCCACUUUGGCAACUUGAAGAUGUGUGGACUUCAGCUCCCAGAAUUCCCCAGCCAGCAUGUGUUGAAGUCCACACAUCUUCAAGUUGUCAGGAUUAAGAAACACUGCUCUGGCUGAUCAGCUCAGAACCUAGUAGUCGUCUUUGGAAGCUUGGUAUCCCUAUAAAUAAUGAAACAAAUUCCCAGGCUGUAAUAGCAAGAGGUUUCAUUUUAGGGCAAUAGGGACUGGUCAGUAUGCAGAACUUAUUUUUUAAGCAACAGUCAAAGCUGUGCUGUCCAACAGGCUAGAGAAGCAGGUGGUUUUUACUCAAGAAGUAGCUACUCUUCGCUUAACUAGAAGCACAUAGGGGUGUUGGCAGGGAGGGUGAAGGUGGCCGCCGCAGCCAUGGGAUUGAAACUACCCACACCCCUUUUAUAAAUGCGUUUUGAUGCAGGUAAACAAGGGGUAAGGCUUUGAUUGCAUGGUUGUGGUAGCCAUCUUGACUUGCUUGACCAUCCUCCCUGCAGGCACCCACAGAAGUGCAGCAGCUUGGUGGCUGAGGUGCAUCCUUGCUUUGCUAAGGUCAGAAUCUCGCUAGGUUCUUUUCUUCUUUUUUUUUUCCAGGCAAGUGUUCUUUAAAAAUCCGCUUGCUUGCCUUAACAGGCAACCUGCAUAAUUCCUUCAGUCUGAUCCUUCCUGUGAAGCAAACCAAGUGCCUUUCCAGCCCUUUUAUUAGGGUCUUCUUACACUAUGAUUUGUCUGUCUCUUACCUCUGUACUUGAUCAAUAAUUCUUCAUGCCACAAACAUGACAUAUUAAAAGGUCAGUUUUGUUUUUUUUACCUAUAACUGCAUCAAGGAAUAAUAUUGUAAUUUAAUUUUAAAAGAGCAAAAGCCCAAUAAAUUUGAUUUUCUUCCAUUAAAAAAAAAAACAGUGCUUCAGGCACGGAGUGACUUUUCCGUUUUCUUUAAAUGCUAUGAAAAGUAAGCUCCAAAGAACAGUCUUGCCAAUGUCUGUCUUUCUUUCUUUCUUUCUUUUUUGGUAACUUUUAUAUUGAUGUGUGUGCUUUUUUCCUCCCCCCAAAUGCAAAUUAUCUUUUUGUUUGGCUUAUCUAGAUGCCAGGAAGUAUCUUCAUGUUAAGGUUAUGCUGACCAACCUUCCAUAUACGUGCAGAGCACCAAGCCCCACUGAGUUCAUUAUGCUUUACCUUUGAGGAAAUUUGCACAGAAAUACAGGGAUACCUUUUAAUUUAGUUAGUUUAACUUGGGAACAUAGAAGAGGAACAGAAGACCUCUUGGGCAAGGCAUCUGACAAUAAGAGAUGUUUCAGAGAUUUAAUUUCAGCAACCCUUGCUGAUACUUCCCUACUGCCUUUGAUUCAGCUGACUUGCAUGGCCUUCACAUUCCAUAAGGAGAUAGCAAAGGGGUACAACUGCUGCACGUAAUCUGGCUUGAGCUCUUAAGUAGCAAGUAGUGGCAAAUGCAGACUGAAUAAGAAUCUGCCCUAGUUUACCUUCCUAUCACCUUUCUUGGCAAAUUGGAAAUUCACUGGCAUGAAAGCAUCUCUUGGACUGGACGUGUUUCAGUGCCCCGUACGCCAGAAGAGAAUCCUGGUUGUAUUUUGGAGAAGCUGCACACUGGGGCCUGCAGCCUUUUUCUCUCCCUUUCCUGCUACCACUGAACAGGUCAGGAAUGUUUUGUUUAGCCUGAGCUGAGGUAUUCUGACUUUGGGACCCUUCCUGAGCUGUUGGUGCAAGCCAGAGCUUGUUCUUGGCUUGAUUUGGUAAACCAGACUAGAGCAACUCACUCAACCGGUGGUGUAUCUGCGGUGUGUCGCUGGGCUGGUUGCCCACAGAUCAGGGUGCAUGUAUGUAAUGGUUUGGAUGAUGGGCCACAUGAACCAAAGCAUUUUUUUCCCCAAAUAAAUUGAGAGAGGCAUGGGGUAGGGUGGAAAGAAGACAGACGAAAGAGAGAGGGAGUUCCAUUCAAAUACAAUAGCAGAAAUUAACUUGUUUAGUUUUUCAAAUAAGUAGCCUUACACAGAUGGGCUUUAUGGAAGGCUGAGAAGACCCAGGCUUGGCUUGGCUGCUACUCCCAGUGGGGUUGUGAUGAGUCUGUUAAAGAGUCUUCUGCUUUUGCUGGAGCCUUUAUUAUAUGGGGCGAGGUGUGAGUCUGCCAUUAAGAUUCUAGGACCCACCUAAAACUGCCCAAUUUUCAUUAAUUCUGGAAAUGGUUUUCAGAUACUCCGUGCACUGAUCCAGAUGUCAGUAUACUUGGAAGAGAGCCCUAUUGAAAUAUUCCACAAAACUAGACAAGGCAAGCUAGGACAACUUCUUAGAUAGAGGAGUAGUGAUGAGGGUCGCUGCAGUCCAGAUGCAAGCCUGUAUCCGUUUGCCCCUUUGCGUAAUGUGGCCAGUUCCAGUAACCCUGAGGCCUAAAGCAGAUGCUCCACGCGUGCUUUAGGAUCACUCUUUGUAGUUGGUUCUGAGGCCCGCAGAUGUGCACUUUGGAGUUCAGGACAUGAAUGCUAAUUAAAGAUGACAGUGCCAAACAGAAAGGUGAUGCUGGUGCAAGUUUGGGUACCAUGAAAAGGUGGCACAUGGGCAACUCAUAGAUGCAGCUUAUGAGGCACAAAGCUCUGGAAGUUCUGUGCAAUCCUCCACGUGCUUCCAACUCAUGUGAAUAUGGUUUACACAGAAGUCAGUCUAGGAGAUUGCAGCCAAGAUUAGUGUGCGAGGAAAGGGGCAAUGCCAUAACUCUGUGUUGCUCACAUUUUUCUUGAAGGUGAAUCGCAUAAGUCAAGGCUUAGCAGUAUGGCAUCUACGGGUUCUGAGGCUCUCCAACAUUGUCAACAGGACUGUGGAAUUCAAAAGGCUGAAAUAUUACUAGGCUGCCAAAUUUCACAAGAUUUUGGUGUUCCUGCCUGAAAUUAUGUGGGAUGUUGAGCAACCACCCUAAGUCUUACAGGAUUUCAAGCAAGAAGGCCGCUCUCGCAAGAUUUUGGCCAUUUUUAGGGGAGGGGGAAUUGUUUUUUCUUGUACUCGCACUAGAAUUGCAUGUAGGACCUUCAUCUACAUCUGUGCCUGGGCUAUUGGCUGGGAACUCUUGUCUUGAACAUGACAAAAAUAUUUUGCUGGCUGAGUAAGUAUUGCUGGUAUGCUCAAACUUCACUAAAGUUGCAGUAAAAACAUUCAACAUGCGUAAGCUGUGCUUUCCAAAAAAUGUUGCUGCUUAGUUUAGCUGAUAGAAUCUUAUAUAACAGGAAGAUAAGUUGAACUUCCUUGCCAAAGCGUGUAGAGUUGUGAAGUCCUUGCAAUAUGUCAUUUUUGUUCAGACAGAAACCAGCAUGUACUCUAAACACAACCCUUGAUUUUGCCAUCUCCAUGAGAGCUCAGUUCUGAAUGGAGCCCCACAUUUGUUUAUAUGUGUUCUGGUUAUGUGAUGGGCAUUUUUUAAAAGGUAUGUGGUUUUUAUGGGAAGAAACUCUGAAUAUUGCAAAUGGGUCACAAAAGGAAUUGGGCUACUGCUGUGCCUUUUUAAAAAUUAAUGCUUUAUGCCUUGAUACUGCAUGUAUACAGUUAUAUAAGUAUACAGUUAUAUAAGUACCGGGGGCCACAUAGAAGUUAAAGUUAGCUUUGUACAAAGACGUUCUGCCUUUCCCCUGAAAUCUGGCUUCAGUUUAAAUAUUUUUUGUUUGCAGCGCUAAAUCAGCUUUUAAUGCUGAACACUAAUACCUUGUUUCUUUCAGCUGUGACUAACGGAGGAGGCUUUAGCUCUUGUGAAGCCAGUUUCCUAGAUAAAGCCAAGUUUCUUAUCUUUUGACUAUAUCGGAAGAGAUUAUUCAAACUAAAAAAGUAUAUUGAAAACAAAAUCCCACAACAUUUUAAACUUCACAGAAUGGGUAGGAUAUUUAUUUGGCGUUUGUAUUGAGAGAUACCUGGUAAUCCAUAUGACAUAUUGUAAGAUGCUUCUUUUCACUUUUCUGGAAUAUCUUUUACAGAUAUACUGGCAAACUGCUGGCAGCUAUUGUUUUAAAAAAUAAAAUAUAUUUUUCACUUAA